ACGACCAUCGAUGUUGCUCGAUACAUCGAUGUUUUUUACAUCCCUAGUCUACUUUUGGUUAUUUUCAUUCUCAUUUACAAUCAAAGGAAUUAAUGGCGGAUAAGUUACCAGCGAUUGUGCCACCUUCUAAACCAUUCCCUGGUUCGCUUACACCCGGUUGGAACGAUCCGCCUCCUAUAAAUGAUUCUCGCCCGGCUGGCCGCACGAAACUCAACUUAAACAAGAGAGUCGCUUUUCCCGUGCAAACCGAAAGAAUUGAGCAGGGGCCUCCCCUAACAAGCUUUGGACAGUCGAAUAUACCACCAGUGGGCAAUAUUCCACCACCGCCAUCAUUGUUGACACAUUCAUCUCAAGGUUUACACACAGCAAAUCCUGGGAAAUAAUCUGUCAACGUAGCCACUUGGUAAGAAUUACUAUUCCAGAGACCAUUUGUGUAUAAACUUUCAAGUAAUUAUUUAAAUAUUGCUUGUAAAUUAACCAUAAUUUGAUAAAUAUUUAAGAAAUGUUAUUAAUUGAAUAAAGGUUAAUCUAACAAUUAA